AUGUUGUAUGAGGAAGAGUUUUACAGUUACAAGUCAGUUUGGUUGCGAGUUCGUGUGGAUGAGCAAAUUGUCCAAACCCUAAUUGCUAGUUGUCCCGUUGUAAAAGAGAAACCAUUUGGUUGUUAUGGAUUGAGAAUUAUACAUAUGUCAAGUCUCCCUAAACUCAUUGCCUUUGAUCUGCUCUAUAUUAAUCCUACAAGCUUUGAGAUGGACGCACCAAAUCUAAAGAAGCUAAAAUUAUGUUUACCCAAUUUGACAGACAAAUGGUUACACGGUAUCCUUUCUAACUAUCCACUCAUUGAGAGCUUGGACCUAUGCAUUUGCAAUAUGUUAAAAAGGAUUAAGAUUUCAAGUGAUCGCAUGAAAAGUUUGAAUAUUUCUUGCUGCAAGAGGCUAGUUGAAGUUGACAUUGUUGCUCCUAACUUACGUAAACUCGAUUAUUAUGGUGAUGUUAUAUCCCUUUAUUCCAAGAGUUUGACGCUAUCGGAAGUUAGCAUCUACUUUAAGAGGGAUGCUUAUUUGGAUGCUGAAAAGAUUGAAUUCCUUGAAAAGUUAAAUCACCCGAAAUUAUUGACUUGGACUACUAAAUAUGCCGAGAAUGUGAUUGCUCCAAAAGAAUUGAGAGAAACACUACGAUCCCCUUUAUAUAAUGUCAAGCAAUUGAAGCUAAUAAUAGAUCAUCCAGGUAAAAUAUAUGAAAUCACAGAACUUGUGGAUGCCUUAUUGUGGAUUUUCCCUCUUCUAGAGACUCUCUUUAUAGAAUGGAUGGAGGAUGGAUAUGAAUACAUAUUUAACGAUAUAUCUUUCAAGUUCUCCUAUGAAAACCGUGUUCGUAAAGGGGAGAAUCCCAAUUGUUGCAAAUUUCUUCCAGUUUCGUGUUGGCGACAUUGUUUAAAGACCAUCAAGAUUGAAGAGUCAAGGGCAUCGGCAUAUAUGAAAGACUUAGAGAAAUAUUUUAUUAAGAAUGCAGAAAUAUUAAGGAACAUCCAAUUUUCUAAAAGACCUGUAUUGCCUGAACAAGACGAAGAUGAGGACCAUGAGGUGCUGGAGCUGUAG